AUCUCGUAACGGAGUCAUUUUCCAGAGGGCUUCUUUAAAAAAAAAUCCAAACCAUGCUUGGCCCAGCAAACUAAUCAAGAAGCGUUUGUUUUUCCGUGGCUGUGAAUUUUGGCAGCUAUUAUUAAGUGAUUUUGUCUAUUUUGCGUGAUUUUAGUGUAAAUUUAAAAAAAUAUCAAAAUGCAGCAGCAUUAUUUGAUAGCUCUGUGCUUGGUGACAGUUGCAGUAGUUUACGCCAAGGAAAAUUGGCAAAAGCCAGGAUGUCAUAAAGUCGGCCACACCCGCAAAAUCAGCAUCCCGGACUGCGUUGAAUUUUCGAUAACCACCAAUGCCUGCCGGGGUUUCUGCGAAUCGUUUGCCGUUCCCUCGGCGCCAUUUGCCGUGGGCGUCCACAAGCCGAAUCAGCCGGUGACUUCCGUUGGCCAGUGUUGCAACAUCAUGGACACCGAGGACGUCAAGGUGAAGGUCCUAUGCGUCACCGGAAUUCGGCAUCUGACCUUCAAGUCGGCCACCAACUGCUCCUGCUACCACUGUAAAAAAGAUUGAGCCAUGCUCAUGCAUUCCGACAAUAGUCGCGAGGCCGCGGAUGUGAGCUCUUAGGAAGAGCCUGUAUCAUCCGCAGCACCGUGACCAUUUCGUUAUGCAUGACUAAAAGCGACCACGAGCCCCGAACUUUACCACGAGGUAGUUCCUGCAACUUCCUGGCUCAGGUGUCUUCUAUUCCUUUACAAAAGGGCUAAAGGGUGCCUGGCUAGAGAGUUUCACGAACUUCCGUCGCGUAACCAGAUCUAGAUAUUUGCCUGAACUGAUUUGCCCAUGAUGAUUGAGAAAAACAAAACAAAACCGCCAAAUAUGUAAAAACCGAAAAUGCUAUGAAAGUUUACCUCUGAACCAUGUCCUAUCGCUAUAAACAUAAUGUCUAAAUAGCCGUUAGCAAAGGUAAGAAAUCUAUAGUGUCAUCCCUUGCGAGUAAUGAAACUAGCCAAGCCAUUUAUCACUGUUUAUCUGGUAGAUGAUGAAUAAAAUUCUCAUAUAUUUAUUUUUAUACGAUGAA